UGUAUGUAAGACCGCGGUAGCCAGCGAGUCGACCGUCGUGAAGUUGUCAGCGGAGUACGCCAGUCGUAUGAUGGCGCAGCAUGUUGGCCGUUCGCGUCUCGCGCCGGCAACGAUUCUUUUGCUACUCGUUCCCGCGUGCGUCGUCCAGCUAGCGAAUGUCGUCGCGUCGACGGCGACGACGGCGACAGCCUCGACCUCGACGACGGACCUCGACGUCGCUCGUCACGGCGGCGGCGCCGCCGCCACCGGCGCUAACGACGACGACAACGGUAGCGACGACGACGACGGCAUCGACGUCGGUGCCUCGUCGCGCGUACAGUUCUCAGUGAAGUCGGCCGUGCCUCUCUGCACGUACUCUCUCGACGAACGCCAACCUCUCGUCAAGUUCCUGGGCGCCGGUCUCAACCGCGAUCUCGCACUGCGAUGGUCGCCGUCGAGCCGCGACUGCCCGGACGAUCCGGACACCAAUCUGGACGUGGUGUGGAUGUCGCCGAGGGGCGACUACGCGAUCUACCAUCUACGUUACUUUCACAAAAAAUUCCCGAAGGACAAGAAAAUCACCGCAGUCUAUUUCUGUCGGCGAAAUGACGGCACCGAUCACGGGCUCGCGGAUGCGAGGUGGAGCGGCCUCGGUGACCACGUUUCGAUUCCAGUCCCGGUAUCGACAAAAUGGAAUUCCCGCGCGCGACGCGGCGAUCCGCUCCUCGGCGCUCCCGGACUCGUCAGCCGACAAAACUACACGGACGCCCACAUCGAAGGGCUGCGGAUCGAGACGGCUAACAAGCCCAUCUACAGCGAGGAGGGAAUCCCCCAGAUUCUGGUCGGGAGCACGGCGGUGAUCCGCUUGUUCGGCACCGGCAUCACGGAGGAUACCCUGAUCACCUUCACCGACGUGCCGGCGGAGAGGGGCGCCGUCUGCGACAAGAUCAAGAGCAACGAAUUUCCCGUGGAGAACGUAGAGAAAUCUACCGCGAUUGUUCGCGUGGUGUUGCCACCGGGAUCGGCGUUUUACGUUUGCGUGAAACGGCCGAUAUACGAGAGAGAGAACCUGAUGAAGGGGGAACACGUGCUGUUUAAACAUCAGGGCACCACGAUGUACAACACUAUCCGCACGUAUGAGAAAUUACUACCGCUCUGGCUCACUAUCAUAGUCAUUCUCAUUUGCCUCGGUUUGUCCGCUCUUUUCUCCGGUCUGAAUCUCGGUUUAAUGGCGAUAGAUAGGACCGAAUUGAAAAUACUCGUCAAUACCGGUACCGAGAAAGAGAAAAAAUAUGCGAGAGCUAUUCAGCCAGUGAGAAAUCACGGAAAUUACCUUUUGUGUUCGAUUCUGUUUUCCAACGUUCUUGUCAAUUCCGUGUUCACGAUAUUGCUGGAUGAUUUGACAUCCGGACUAGUCGCUGUUAUCUGCUCGACGUUAGCUAUUGUCAUUUUCGGCGAGAUCUCGCCGCAGGCGAUUUGUAGCAGGCACGGAUUGUGCAUUGGCGCAAAAACGAUCUAUCUGACCAAGUUUACAAUGCUAAUCACUUGCCCACUAAGUUACCCGAUCAGCAAGCUUUUAGACGUGCUUCUUGGUGAAGAGAUCGGAAAUGUGUACAAUCGAGAACGCUUGAAGGAACUCGUAAAGGUAACGACCGAAUACAACGAUCUAGAGAAAGAUGAAGUAAAUAUAAUUGCAGGAGCGUUAGAACUGCGGAAGAAGACCGUAGCGGACGUAAUGACCAGAAUUGAGGAUGUGUAUAUGUUGAACUAUAACGCCGUGCUAGACUUUGAAACUGUGUCUGAAAUUAUGAAAUCAGGAUUUUCACGUAUACCAGUAUACGAGGGCGUAAGAACGAAUAUAAUGACGAUGUUGUAUAUCAAAGAUCUCGCAUUUGUCGAUCCCGAUGAUAACAUGCCACUCAAGACACUCUGUCAGUUUUAUCAAAAUCCGUGCAACUUUAUUUUCGAGGAUGUUACGUUGGAUAUAAUGUUUAAACAAUUCAAGGAAGGUCAUAAAGGCCACAUGGCUUUCGUACAGAGAGUUAACAACGAAGGUGAAGGUGAUCCGUUUUACGAGGUGAUUGGUUUGGUUACAUUGGAAGAUGUUAUCGAGGAAUUAAUUCAAGCUGAGAUUAUUGAUGAGACAGAUGUGUUUACGGAUAACCGGAGCAAACGUAAGAGGCAAGUACGCCCGAAAGUGCCAACGGACUUCACCAUAUUCGCGGAGAAGAAGGAGAAUCAACGCAUUCACAUCUCCCCGCAGUUAACGCUUGCGAUGUUCCAGUAUCUGUCGACAACUGUAGACACAUUCAAACCGGAUGUCAUAUCGGAGACGAUCCUACGACGCUUGCUGAAGCAGGACAUCAUUUAUCACAUCAAAGUGAAGUCGCGCGAAAAGGCGAAAACCGAUCCCGCGGCGAUAAUCUAUCAGCAAGGAAAAGCGAUCGACUACUUCGUACUUAUCUUGGAAGGUCGAGUCGAGGUGACGGUGGGCAAGGAGAACAUGAUGUUCGAGAGCGGCCCGUUUACGUAUUUCGGAUCGCAGGCUCUCACGGCUAACAUCGGGAUCGCGGAGUCACCGACGAAUUCAAAUCCGCAGACGGUCGGGAGCAUCCAGUCCGUCAACCUGGAUUCCAUGUUGCGUCACACUUUCAUACCGGACUAUACGGUGCGCGCCGUGGCCGAGGUAUUUUACGUGAAGAUCAAGCGAUCGCUGUACCUCGCCGCGAAGCGCGCCACGCUCCUGGAGAGGAGCCAGAAGGAUCCGUUGCCUAGUCAGGAACAAUUCGACGACGAAGUGGAGAAGUUGCUGCACUCUUUGGAGGAGGAUGACCGCAGUGUACCUGAAUCUCCGGUAUUGCCCGCGGACAAAGUCGUGCAGAACGAGAAGGGCAGGGACUCCAUUAGCCAUUCAUCGCCCGUACGCAGCGUGACGGCGCCGACGUCGCCGCUUCCGGUCAGCGCCAGUCCGGUCACCAACGCAAAGUUCGCCUCGCCGCGGAUCGACGGGAAAGCAAGGAACUUGACCAAGGUGCAAACGAGUCCGGUAGAGGAUCACGUCAAACGCGACUCGCUGAACGCGAUAGACGCGGACGUUCUCGCCCGGCACACGGAAGCGGCGCGAAUACUAUCGACCAACAAGAAGACGAGCGACGAGGAGGAGCGAACAAAUCUCUUGCCUAGGCAGGACAACUCUUAACGCUUGCAGAACGGCCGGCGGUGCUCGUUACUGUCGGCGAGAUCGAUUACCUUAAGAGCAUCAAGCAACACAGAGCGGAACAUGCUGGCAUGACACAUUUUGCUACUGUGGCACUAGGUACUUCACAAUUAUUUACAAUAUUUAUCGUAAGAAGAGAGAGAGAGAGAAAUACCUUUAGGGCUAUCUUUAGCAAUUGGCUUAGAGGCUGUACCCGACUCUUAAUUCAGAAAUUCUAUCCUAUGUGAAUCGUUUCGUGAAUGAUGCAGACAAUUCAUUUACAGUCAACUCGUCGAUAAUGCAGUAAAGAAGCAAAGAGGCGAAGAAUAUGCAAAUAUUCGAAGCUACCGUCAAUAGCAUUUAAUUUAGUCGAUAGAAACGCGAUACGUGCUCAUACUUGCAGUCUCAUACUGUCUCUUUUAGGCUUGCGCGAUUAGCUCGUAAGUGAGUUGCUCUGAUAACGCGUCAGUUUCUGAAAAAAAGAAGAAAAAAAAACGAAGAGCUGGCUUCCAUUUUACAAACGUAUGUCAACGACUUCUUUGCCUUUUUUUUAUAUAUAUAUACAUAUAUAUAUACGCACACACACACACACAUAUAUACAUACAUAUUUUUUUAUAUUUCUAGAUUUUAGUAUCACAAUGUUCUCUAUUGUUGUAACUGCUGUGCCAUGAUUGCGAUAUAUGCGUGUUCGGUAGGAGCGAGUGUAAGCGGUUAUACGCGGGUACAGUGAUCUUAGCUAAUUCAGAGAGAGAGAGAGGUGGUAGGAAGAACUACGCUGUAAUAGAAAGCAGUACAAAUGAAGAGAGUAUAAACAGUAGAUUAAUAUACACUAUUCGAUUAUUUGUUUUGGAUGAGGAACCGCGGUUUUUCAUUAUUCUUGCAUCUCUCCUGGGUUGUGUGAUCCUGAUGAACGUGUACGAUAGACUUAAAUGGUCCAGUUAGUGAGAGCUAGCGGCAGGAAAAGGGGCUUGGUACAUAACCGACGUAAUUACUUGUACUUUUAUUACGUGCCUUAAGAAAAUUCUCUAUGUAGGUACUACAAUUGCGUGCUUUAUAUCGGGGGGAAAAAAAGCAAUUAUUCCUUUCUCCUUUUCUUUUUCUUGAGAGAGAACCAAGUUUUUCAAGUUGACGUAUCAAAUAGUUACAUUCCCGUGAUGACUGCUGCAGCGGCAUGUUGGAGGCAUUAUUCUACACACACUCGUGCAUCACUUUUCACUUUUCUCGCAUUCGUCGUCCUAGCGGAGGAGUUAGAUAAGCAGAGGAGGAACGUACCGUACCUCUUAUCGAUAUCGUUGAGAUUAAGAAACGGAGCGAGAGGUAUUAUCUUGGUGCGCUGAUUUUUCUCGUAAUGAUUUAAUCGCCCGGCUUCGAGUGACGAAUUACUCGCGCUUAAUAUAGCGUGCGUUGAUUCAUUUCAGACGGUGGACACAAAUGUAAAUAGGAAACAGAUUCAGUCUUUGUUUUUCUCUCUCAUCAGUAAGACUUGUCCACAUUUAUUUUGUAACUGCAUUGUGGUACUUAAUUUGCGGCCGAAUUGCCGUGAUACUCACGACGUUGAGAGUUAUUUUAUGCAGAUGGAUGAAAUUUUUGCUACAGAAAGGAUGUAAUUACAGAUGAAGAACGAAUUUUUCUAGCGGAGUAAGCUUUUGUUGGAACAUUGAAGAUGCGUGAAGUUUGAAAGGAAAAAAUAUGUAUAUAUAUAUACGAAGUCUGCCUUCUAUUGUACAAUUGUCUGUAAACGUUACAUCAUAAUUUCAGGAGUGAGUGUCGAAAGUUACAGCGUGAAGCCUCGCUCGUCAUUCUGUAGCGUUGUUGUUGGCAUCUUCUCGCGAGCUUAAUUUUCAUAAACUGUUGCCUUGUUUGAUAAAUUAUUUUGAUGAUAAAUAUAUGAUUAAUCGAACUGUGUUGUUGUUAAUCGAGUACUUACGAAUGUGUGUACGUUAAAGUGUGCGGCGGUGCUAUUAAUCGUUCAGCAUAAAGCGUUUCCUGCGUUAAGAGCCAGAAUCUUUUUCUCAUGUGUUCAUAUGAGGCGAUUCUCAGUCAGCAGAUGUCGAUCAUUUGCAUGUCAUCAUUCAUGAUGAUGAAUCGCGAUGCGAUAAAAACAGACAAGAACGCGAUACAAAUAAUUGAAGAGCCAGAAAUCUGAAUUCGAAACGGAUUCUUCGCGUCUGCUAAUCGUGAAUCACCUCUGCGUCGGAACAUUUGAUGAGGCUUGACACUUAUAAUUUUCGGAUCCUUCGGAAAGCGUAUCGAAUUUUUAGGGGAUGAUUAUCUGACGCCGUUCUUAUAUAGAUCGUCGAUCGAAGUACCUACCGCGAGAAGAGAAAAAAAAACUGCAAUGUGAGCGCAACAUUAAUAUUUUGUACUAUCCAAGUCUAUAAAUAGAGAUGUUAGGCGUAGGAGAGAAAAUAUAUCGCAUACGCGAAGCAUUCUAUUGCAGGAUAAUAGAUCUAGAUGUAAUCUUACAUUAUACGAUUAAACUGUUAAAUAUAUAGACGAAGUUACAGCGUGAAGGAUGAAUAUAAACGUGACAUUUUUUACAGAGAUGAUUUACAUAGUGUACGUAUUAUAUAAUAUAGUGAAUGUAGAGACGCGUUAAUGUAUGAUCUUCAUUUCUCGUCGUAUUUAUUGAGAUCUAUCAUCAUAUCCAUCAUUUUAAAGUAAUGAUUAUAUAAACUGCCCCCCUGCCCCUCUGUAUGUUUAGUACUUUGUGAUCAUCGAUCCCUGGCGAUGUAUACUUAUGUUAUAUGUGUGUUCUCAAGUGAAACACUUGGAUUACUGUCGCAGUUAAUGGAGCAUUAAAGAUCAGUUACGAAAUGUACCCUUGAGAUAUCAAAACUUAAUAUACAUAGAGAGAUUUAAUAGGCAAAGAAUGAUGUAAACACAAAUGUAAUUUAGAUAAAUGAGAGUUUGAA